AUGCAGAGGAGAGGUCCUAGUACCGGUACGCAAAGCUUCUACUCCUCAUCAAGAAGACCUAAUGCCGCUCAGAGCUUGGUGUGUGGAACUCCAAGGGGUCGUUCCCAACCGCAACGGAGAGCUCUCCAGCCUAUUCAAGCCAAUGCUGAUCAUCCAACUCCAGGUUACUUGCCUGGAAUGAGCUUGAGUGACUUGGCCUCGAGUAUGGUUAGAGAUGGAAGUUUAUCUCCACAGCACAGCAAUAGCUCUUUUGAUCCACUUGAAGAUGAACCAACCACACCACGAACCACACCACAAAGCCGGUUUUCCACAGGAGCAGGUGCUAGUGCAAGUGAUGGAAGUAUAAUGGCCUUACUACAAAAUCAGCAAAGCAUUCUACAACAAGUUCUACAAGGCCAAAUAAACCUGGAGAAUCAGCAGUCGCAACUUCAACAGAGGCUUGAUGAAGUAGAGAAAUGGAGGACAGAAUCUCAGACACCUCUAAGCUCAAGCUCACCUGACAGCAGCAGUGGGAAGAGGAAAAGAGUAGUUACCAGAGAAUUAACGGUGAAGGUCUCUACUGUUCAUGCAAAUAUAGACAAGCAGUUUGUUGCGUCUCAAAUGUUCUCUUCUACUGAAAACAAGCUCGUGCAUACAGCAAUUAUCAAAGAGAUAUUGCAGCAACCUGAUUGCAAAUUUUCAGAGAAGGAAAUCAAAGUGGCAGUGAAGCGAUGUUUUGAGAACCUCCGACGUCAACACCUACAGCAGCAAGAUGGGAAGGAGGAAUUUGCUGAGGAGCAGUCCAAGCGAAGAAAAUAUCGUUCUCGACGCGAGAGGAAAUUCCAGAGGAGGGCCAAUGUGGUUACUCCCAGAGAAAUGGAACGAUAUUGGCGCCAUCUUAAUUUAGGUUUUAUGACAGAGGAAUCGGAUGACCCAGAAAACCCCAAUGGAAUAGUAGAACACCGACUACUGUGGCGUUCUCAGAAACUUGAUGAAUUUAUGGAGCAUCUGGAUGGUAGGCAAGAACAAAAGUCUAUGCCUGCUGGACUGGUCGCCAAAAAAGUUAGGCGAUACGGUGAGCCUUCCAAGACUCAUCCUCCGGCCGAUGCUCCAAAAUGGGCUGUACGGACUGUAAGGAAUCCAGGAGAUGAUUCUGUUGAGUCUACACCUGAGGCUGCAGGAACUCUUCAAUGAUUCACUCGGCCAAAAAUCGAAUUGUUAUAAUGUUGAAACUGUUGAACAUUUCAUGAUUGAACUCAUAAUAAUUAUACGAUGAUCAUAAUAACUAAUACUUAGAGUUUACAACACAUUAUUUAAAAUUAAAAACUUGUGGUC